AUGUCGGGCAAAGAUGGAGGCGUCUCAGUUUCCGCAAAGCCCACCGAGGACGACGCUCACAACGCCGCAACCAUGACUGCGGCGUCCCGUGCCAGUCAUGCCCUCCCUCCUGAGAAACCAGAGGCUGUCUGGACUCGAACCAAGGUCAUUCUGGCUUUCUGGUUCGUGAUUAUUUUCCUGGGGCUUCCCAUGUGGUGGAAAACAACGUCUAUCUACAGAGCUCGGUUACCCCUACAGGAGAUGAUCGAUUGGGCGGAUGGCAAGGCUUGCCGUCCCGUAUUUCCCCUGGAAAUCGUCCUCCGGACCCCAUCGAUGCAGGUUUCGGAGGCGCAGAAUCUCCUCCGAACGACUCAGCACGCACUCGAUGAUCUGAACGAGUUUCCUGCGCAUCAUCUCCGCCUGAAGCUUGCAGAAUCUCCUGAUAAUGUUGAGAGUGAAAAAGCGCCUGUUGGUGACGACAUUCCUGACGCUGAAGAUCAUAUUGAGGGUAGCGCGCACGCCGCGCUGGUCGUCAACCUGCUUCCUCAGGAGACCACUGCUACCCCUAGAUCAGAGCUGCACUCACUCUCUUCGCGCCUCGAUAUAUAUUACCCACCAAGCCAGGUCACUGCUGUGUCGUCAUCUACUUCACCGCUGGUGACAUUCAUUGCGGGUGAGAUCCAGAAAUUGUUCAACGAGGAAAAGGCGACCAUUGCGCAUAUCCUCUCGAAUGCUGGACAAGGCCCCCAGUCUUCUACACCUGGUGCUCAAGUAGCCGCAAACAAUCAGCAGUCGACCGGGAAUGCAGGCCUCAAUUCGAUCUCUCCCGAGUUAGCUGACAUCGUCAGCCGGCGGGUGACGAGAUCGUUGAAAUAUGCAGAAACCUACCACCUGACGUUCUCGCUCUUCACACCCGGAUCCGAACCGUCGUCUUGGGAUAUUGAGGCAGCGAUCCACGAGUAUCUAACUCCGUUAUUAGAGGCAUUCGCGCCAAUCAGCAAUUUCUCCGUUGAUACCCAAGUCCAGCUCUAUGCGUCCUUCGCCCCGACGUCGCCCCGGCCGGAGUACGAUGAGUCGCAGAAGCAAUGGACCCUGAAACAGGAAGACCUCAGCGCAUUCAUCAAUUCAGCAGAGUGGCCGCUGAGCCCCAGCAUCGGCAGCGGCCCAACCAUCAAUUUCGUUCUCUACGUGCCGGCGCCGUCGCAAUCGCCUCUGGUUGUCAAGGGCAGUCAGGCGACGAGCUGGAUCGUCCCGCAGUGGGGUGGUGUUACCAUUCUAAAUCCUCUUUCUCCUGAUAACCCAUCCAACCCUCCUCAUCUUACCAAAGAAUCGCUGAAACCAGCUCUCUUGACCUUCUCACACCAACUCCUUUCUUUGCUGGGGACUCCUUCCACGCCUUCCUCCUUACCUUUCCGACUGCAGUCUCUGAUCCGCAUCAGGGCUGCCACUCUCCUGCUGUCCGCAUCAUCCACCAUGGGCUCUCUAGCUCGUCUGACCAAAUCCCUCCCCUCGAUCCCCAUCCCCGUCACCGUGGCCUCCUCCGUCGCCACCACACUGUCCCAUCUCGCCGCGACGUGCCAGCUGCUCAAAGAGGGGCAAUUCACGGCCGCCCUGGCGAGCGCACGCGUCGCAGAGAAGGAGGCGGAAAAGAGUUUUUUCGAGAAGAGCAUGGUCGGCCAGGUGUAUUUCCCGGACGAGCACAAGGUGGCCGUGUACCUGCCGCUCCUGGGGCCGAUCGGCGUCCCGCUCGUGAUGGGGCUGAUCAAGGAGUUGAAGCGAGUGGUUCGAGAGUUGAAGAAGAAGCAGAGGAAAUAG